AUGUUUCCCUCUGAAGACAUCAUUAGCAGCACGUUUUCCUCACAGCACCCUCUGAACCAAUCCGGAAAGCAGUCGCGGCUUUCGAGAGCCCCGGGAACAAGAGGACGGGAGCCGUUUCCAGCAUGGAGUGUGAUCGAUGAUACCAAAAGCAAGGCAGAUGCUUUUGCAAAGGAGGCGUCACGCGAGUUCAAUGUUGUAAGCCAAAAGGCUCAGGCCAAAACCGGCAAAAUCGAACCGUGGACUCCCAAGUAUUAUGCAGCCUGCACAGUCGGCGGACUUCUUGCUUGCGGUCUUACCCACACUGCCGUGACGCCGCUGGAUCUCAUCAAAUGCCGACGCCAGGUUGACCCCCAGCUUUAUAAAAGCAACUUAGAGGCAUUUCGUACGAUUCGCGCCGCAGAGGGCUUCAGAGGAGUAAUUACUGGCUGGGGACCUACCUUCUUUGGAUACAGCGCCCAAGGAGCGUUCAAAUACGGUGGCUAUGAGUUUUUCAAGAAAUUCUACAGCGACCUUGUUGGGGUGGAGAAUGCAAAUCGCUGGAAGACGUCCUUGUAUCUCACAGCUAGUGCAUCUGCAGAGCUUAUUGCUGAUGUAGCACUCUGUCCCUUCGAGGCCGUCAAGGUGCGCAUGCAGACAACAAUCCCACCUGAUAUCCGAUCGACUUUCACUGGGAUUUCCAACGUCGUUUCUAAGGAAGGGGUGGCUGGACUUUACAAGGGUCUAUAUCCGCUGUGGGGUCGGCAGAUUCCGUACACCAUGAUGAAGUUUGCUUCAUUCGAGACCAUAGUGGAGAUGAUCUACAAUUACCUACCGGGUCAGAAGUCUGAUUAUAAUAAAGGCGCACAGACUGGGGUGGCCUUCACUGGUGGCUACUUGGCUGGUAUUCUUUGCGCUGUUGUGUCCCAUCCCGCCGAUGUGAUGGUGAGUAAAUUGAAUGCAAACAGACAGCCUGGCGAAGCCUUUGGUGCUGCAAUGGGCCGGAUCUACAAGGAAAUUGGCUUCGCUGGCCUGUGGAAUGGUCUUCCCGUCAGAAUUGUCAUGAUCGGAACUCUGACCGGUUUGCAAUGGAUGAUUUACGAUUCAUUCAAGAUCUUCAUGGGUCUUCCCACCACCGGUGGAGGACCUGCCGCCGAACAGAAGAAGUAG